AUGAUUAUGGCACUCUUGGCUGGAGUGGCGCUUUCAUAUCCCUUGUAUCUUGACUCGUUUACCAACAAGCCCAUCAGAAUCGUGGCUAUGGAAGACAAGAAUCUUCUUGCUUCUGAGUUUGUAAAAGAUUUUGGGACAAAUCCGUUUAGGGUUAUUGAUAUACUCAAUCCAGCUAAUGGAUACAACACAAGAUCACAAAUAAAUAGGAACGGGCCUGUCUUUAAGGUCAGAGUUGGAGGGUCCUGGCUGUGCAGGAACAGGAGAGAUCUUUCAAAAUGUGCAGACAACACAGAUUUCUGGGAAAUAACUAGGAGUGGAGAUGGAUUCACCAUAUCGCAAGAAGGAUACUGUCUUAGCACUGAAGGAAAAGGCAGACUCAUACUAGAAAGAUGCAAUGGGAGGAGUAGGAGCCAUCUUUUUCUUUUUGAGGACAUGGAAAUCGAAGACUGCAUGGACUCGGUUGACCUGGGUGGGCAACCCAGAACCGAGGCAGAGAAGGUCAAGCAGCUUAAGCUCAAGAAGAAGCUUGAUGAUUUGAAAAAGAAAGACAGGGCCAAGGCAGAGAAGAUCAAGAAGAAACUGGAGGAGAAGAAUGACUUUGAGAAGUAUGCAAAGAAAAACCUCCCUGAUCUUACGGGGAAAGAUGAUUCAAAGGAGGUUCUCAGUAAGCUAUGGGACUUCGGGUGGAAAAGGCCCAAGUUUAGCUUUCCCUCCUUCCCUUGGUUUAAAUUUCCGUUCUGUAAGAAGCUGUGGUAG